CUGUCAAAGAAGGCGUUUGUGUGGCUGAAGAUGAUGAUGGUUUUUUUCCCCACAACAUGUAGGCUUAUCUAAGUCAAAUAAACAUUAGGUAACCAUCACUGUUAUUGAUUACAGUUGUUGUAACGGUCAGUUCUGAAGUUUGAGCUAACAUGCGCGGCGAAAUGGUUUAAUGAUAUGCGUGCGCUGGAGGUACCUGAACAAUCACGUGAGGCAAAGACACCCUCACGGGAAAAAGAAGAUAACGGGAAUGUAGUCUAGGGGCUGGGGAGUUGGAAGAGAAGUCAGACCAGAAAUUCUGAGAGCCGAAGACAUGGCAUCCGCUGCUGAUUCAUCCAAACCCAAGACUUCUCCAAAAUAUGUCAAGUUUCUCUUUGGUGGCUUGGCAGGGAUGGGGGCAACGGUAUUUGUCCAGCCACUGGAUUUGGUGAAGAACCGCAUGCAGCUUAGUGGACAGGGCUCAAAAGCCAGAGAGUACAAGACCAGCGGCCAUGCUCUCAUUAGCAUCCUAAGAAACGAAGGGCUCACAGGCAUUUAUACAGGUCUGUCCGCGGGGCUGCUACGGCAGGCCACCUACACCACCACGCGCCUGGGCAUCUACACCGUGCUGUUUGAACGGAUGACGGGCGCCGACGGCACUCCGCCCUCCUUCCUGCUCAAGGCUCUGAUCGGCAUGACGGCCGGUGCAGCCGGGGCCUUCGUUGGCACGCCUGCCGAGGUCGCACUCAUCCGCAUGACAGCUGAUGGACGGCUGCCCCCUGACCAGAAGAGAGGCUACAGUAACGUUUUUAACGCUUUAGCGAGGAUCUCACGAGAGGAGGGCAUUAGCACACUGUGGAGGGGCUGCAUUCCCACCAUGGCGAGGGCAGUGGUUGUAAAUGCAGCUCAGCUUGCCUCUUAUUCACAGUCUAAACAAGCCCUACUGGAUUCAGGAUACUUCCGUGAUGACAUACUGUGUCACUUCUGUGCCAGUAUGUUCAGUGGUUUGGUCACCACUGCCGCCUCAAUGCCGGUAGAUAUAGUAAAAACAAGGAUCCAGAGCAUGAGAACGAUCGAUGGAAAGCCUGAGUAUAAGAAUGGCCUGGAGGUGUUGGUGAAAGUGAUUCGUAAUGAAGGGUUCUUUAGCCUGUGGAAGGGCUUUACUCCGUAUUAUGCCCGGCUGGGCCCACACACUGUCCUCACCUUCGUCUUCCUGGAGCAGAUGAACAAAUUCUACAAACGUUCCUUCCUGGAUUCUUAAAGCAUGCUCACACCCAAACAGUGCUGUUGGACUGUGCCACUAACAAUACACCCAGCCCACCACUUUCACAAACGCUUGCAGAGACAUGCACACACAAACUUUUAUGUGUAUGAACACAUAAAUUCCUUCAGAUUCCUUGAUUGGUGGAUGACAUAAGGUGUUACUUGAGUAUGAUGUGUCUUUUGUCUCUGAGGUAUUUGAAAGGUGUGUUGAUGUCUGGACCUCUACUCUCAGUGGCCACUAGAGGGCGACAUGACACUUCCUGUUUACUCCAUUUGUCUUUGGAAAAACAUGAUGAUGUCACACUCAGGUUUAAUUGUUAUCCAGAAUGAGCCAGCACACUUAACUUGAACCACUUUCUUAUGUGAGUCGUAUGUAAAAAACAUUUCAUAUUCACUAAAUGACCACAUAUGUACUCAUUUUAAGACAUUCCUGAGUCAUUUUAUUACAUUUCCUUUGGGAUCAAUAAAGUGUGAAUAAAGUACCAUUCUUGCUCAAAA